AUGAGGCCGGACCUCGAGCACUUCCUGCGGCCACUCCGCAUGGACGUGUCUCUUGCCCACCGUCUAGCCCGCGAGUUCCGCCAGACCUUCAAGUAUCUGGCUGCUGAGUCACUAGAGCAGUUCCUCCCCACCCCAAUAUCCGACACCAUCCUCAGACCGGCUGCUGGGAGCGAGAAAGGCCGGUACCUUGCGAUUGACAUCGGUGGUACUAAUUUAAGAGUGGGCUUCAUUGAACUACUAGGCAAUGAGAGAGCCACGGGCACAGCCAAGGGUGUGAACGGCUCUGGCAAGGCCAAUGGCGAUACUUCACAGACAACACGCCUUCGCCGAGUUCUUGAGAAAUCGUGGCCCAUCUUGGAGCACCUCAAGAACGAGAAAGCAGAUGACCUCUUUGCCUGGAUAGGGGCUUGCAUCGCCGAGGUUGUACAGGAUGGAAGUGAAAGAUUCACCCUCUCGCACGAGCAACCUCUCCCUUUGGGGGUCGCGUUCAGCUUCCCGAUUGUGCAGCAUAAACUUUCAGAAGCCACGCUCAUGAGCAUGGGUAAAGGCUUUGCGAUCACCUCCAACCUCGAUCUAGGCAGACAGUUGUUACAAGGCUAUGAGAAGGCAAAGUCGCAAAACCUUCCACCCAUCAGGAUUGCAGCUAUAGCUAAUGAUUCGGUCGCCACCAUGGUUUCCUUUGUCUACCAGGCACAGGAGAGCCCAACACGCAAGGCAUCCAUGGGGUUGAUAUGCGGAACCGGCUGCAACGCAACCAUCCCGUUGCGAAAGGACAUGUUGCAUCGCGAUAAAGUACCGACCGAGGUGGGCGUGACCGAUGAAGAUAACGGCGAGGAUGUGAAGGUAGCUGUGAACACGGAAUGGACCAUCAAUGGAACAGCACCGACGUUGCAGAAACAUGGGCUCAUCAGUGAAUGGGACAGCAAGCUCGAUGCCGAAUGCGAUAAACCCGGCUUUCAACCUUUAGAGUACAUGACGGCGGGCCGAUAUCUCGGGGAGCUAGGACGGCUCAUAUUGGUUGACUAUUUGACGAAACAACUCGGAUUUGCCGAAAAUGCCCUCCCACAGCAACUGUUACAUCGUUACGGCCUCUCGACAACAUUUCUCAGCCGCAUCAAACCUCCCGAUGAGUCGAAUUUGGUAGAGACGCUUCAAACCGAGUUUCCUGUCACGUCGACUGAGUUUCGGUGGACUAAAGAGACUGCCAUGGCCCUCUAUGAAAUUGCCAAGGCUAUCGAGGUCAGAGCUGCUGGGAUCAUUGCCGCUGCGACAAUCGGUCUCCUUGCCUGCGCAGGAGACCUGCCACUGCGAGCACCUCUCGCUGAGACUUCAAACCAGACGAAGCCAUUGAACGGGUCGGGUUCACAGAAAGAGCUCAUUGUUGGCUACACCGGAGGGUGCAUUGCCCAUUUCCAAGAUUACCUGGCCGAUUGCCAAGAAUUCCUCGAUCAGAUCAUAGAAGCCGAACUCGGCGCAUCUCCUCCUGUGCGCGUGGUGCUCAGUGCUUGUCACGACGGUGGCAUUACUGGUGCUGGCGUUCUGGCUGGCUCCUCGCAGGCGAGAGCUGCCAGUAUAUCCUGA